CAUGCGCGCAUCCAGGGUCACAAGGUGCCUGCAAGUCUUGUUUUCGACGUUAUAAUGGAGAACCGGAGAGGUUGCAGAUUUCAUUUGCUCGGCGGUUAUCCGCUGAUUAACAACAGGCUAAAUGUAGCCGGUUGUUUUUUAUUUAUUUAUUUAUUUAUUAAUUUUUUCAAAAUUUUAAAAUAGUCAAACAGUAUUCGAAUUUUGAAAAUUCGUUAAUUUAUUUUUAUCUCUCAAAGGGUAAGAGAAUAUGGCAACAGAAGAUUUCUUUGAAGGGGCCGAAAAGCUGUUGGAAAUAUGGUUUGGACGUCAAGAUGGUAAAGUUGAAAAUGGAGACUUGAGAAAAAUACCAAGAGAAAAGUACGAAGACCUCUUAAAAGCUGCUUGUUGUGAAGUAAUUAGUUAUACCAGCAAUGACGAGAUUGAUGCUUAUGUUCUAAGUGAAAGUAGCAUGUUUGUUACAAAACGCCGGUUCAUAUUGAAGACUUGUGGCACAACAACUCCAAUAGAAUGCAUUAAACCAUUACUGCUCAACGUGCACGAAUUCACUGGAUUUGAUGAAGUAGAAGAUGUGUUUUAUUCUCGUAAAAACUUUGAACGUCCUGAACUUCAAAAAGAUACAUAUCGCAACUUUAAAUUAGAAAUUGAAUCUUUAAACAUCAUAUUUAAAGGAACUGGAGUGGCUAGGUGUAUGCGUUCAUCAAAAACAGAUGACUCUUGGUAUUUAUAUGCUUUACAUCCAGUUGAAUGUUUUGGAAAAGAAAAACAAAAUCCUGAUCAAACAUUGGAGAUACUCAUGACCAACUUGGAUCCGCACGUCAUGCAAAUAUUCACAAAAGAACAGUCAGCUAAUGCAAGUCAAGCUACUCAGGAUUCUGGAAUAUCGGAAUUGUUGCCUAAUAUGAAAAUUGAUGAUUUCUUGUUUGAACCCUGUGGUUAUUCUAUGAAUGGUAUUGCAAAAGAGGGACAUUAUAUGACUAUUCAUAUAACUCCACAACAAGAAUUUUCUUAUGUUAGUUUUGAGACAAAUGUUCCUCAAAGCUCUUACAAGGAACUCAUUUUAAAAGUGCUAAAAACAUUCCAACCAGAAAAAUGCGUGCUCACCAUGUUUACAAAUGAGAAAUCGCCAGGUAAAUCAAAUCACAAGGAAUUUAAAUAUUUAACGCAACUAGGUGAAUGGCAACAAGAUUCAAACAAGACAUGUUCGCUGAAGAACCAUGACUUAACUGUAUCGUUUUACUCCAAAUACCCAAGCUGAGAUAAACCGGUGUGGGACACGCCUCUCAACAAAACCCAAAUGCUGCUAUUGCCACAUUACACAGCUGUCCUAGUUGUUCUAGUCUGCAUAAAAACUCUAUGUGUCACCAAACCUAUUUAUCACUUUGCAUGGCGUCGUUUUAAAAUAGUGUAAAAUGUAUUACUUAUAACAUUCUGGUGUAUACUAGAAUUCUGUAACAUAGUUGUUUUUAUUUGUUCAUGUAAUUUGAAAAAAAUAUUCAUGAACAUUAUAUGUUCCUGUUACGGACACUAAAUACGCUUGGUUUAAUUGUGAUUAUGUGGCAAGCAUUUUGAUUUGAGGCAUAUACAAAAUUGAUGCGCCAUAAAUAAAUUUCCAUUUAUAAAUAUUUGUUAUUACAUUUUUAUAUAUAUUUUUUUUUCGAAACAUUACAUUCUUUUAGACUGUUUAGACACCUACUACUUUUAAGUGUAUGACAUUGUUUUUACAUUUUAAUUAUGCAUUUUAUUAUGUUAUUUAUUUAAAAUAUUAAUUUAUGAAAAUAAAUUGUUUCAAAAUAGAAUGUUAUAUAUAAAGUUUAAAGUUAGUUAUUAAAAGCUUUAGUUUGUAUA